AAUCUUCACACAUUGACAGAUCUGUGUUCAUCAAUGAUAGUGAACUCAAUAUUGAAUUAUUGAUUGAGAACCUGAAGAACAUGAUAAUGAAGAAAUUGUUCAUGUCAUGUGUGACUGAGUCUUUCACAUUCUUCUCUGCCUCUUCUGUUUCUUUCUCUGCUGCUCUCUCUCAAUCUUCUACACCUGUUCCUGUGUCUGGUUCUCCCGCUCCUGCUAUCUCUGUUCCUGCAACUCUCACUUCUGCCACUCCUGGUUUUACCACCUCUGCUUUUGUUAUCAGCUCUUCCCGUUUCAAGAAGAUGUUGUGUAGACUUAAUGAAUCACAUCUCUCAUUCUUAGUUGCUCCAGUGCUAGAGGUCAUUUUAAUCAAAGAUGACAACAUCACUGAGACUACUCUCUCUCAUUCUCAAGCUUCUCUCAUCACUUCUUCUUCCUUCUCUGCAGAGAAGGUCAUGCACACACUGAAUUAUAAGUAUUCAGCCCUGA